AUGAAUAUGUGGCCAGGAGUACGGCUGCGGGUCACAGAAGGCUGGGACGAGGAUGGACACCAUGCCCAUGACUCCCUGCACUAUGAGGGACGUGCACUUGACAUCACAACUUCGGACCGAGACAAGAACAAAUAUGGCAUGUUAGCUCGCCUGGCAGUUGAAGCUGGCUUUGACUGGGUGUACUAUGAAUCAAAAGCACACAUCCAUGUCUCAGUGAAAGCAGACAACUCAUUAGCUGUCCGUUCUGGUGGCUGCUUUCCAGGAACUGCCAUGGUCAACAUUAUUAGCGGUCAACGUAAGCCUCUGUCAGAAUUGCAGCUUGGUGAUAAAAUCCUUACCACAGAUGAAACAGGACAUUUGACAUCAACAGAGAUUUUGCUGUUUUUGCACAAAGAUCUGGAUAAGCAAGCCGCAUUCAUAAUUAUUGAGGCUGAAGGACAUCCAUAUAGCCUUCGGCUUACUCCAAACCAUUUGAUCUUUGCAACCAGAGACCUACUGGUGGGAUUUUUGCCAGUUUAUGCACAUCGUGUCCAGGUUGGGGACUUUGUUCAAAUAUUUGCUAAUGGCACUCAGCUGCUACCAUCUAAAGUUGUAAAUGUGUCCAUACAGGAAGAGACAGGGGUUUAUGCUCCGCUGACUGCUCAUGGAACCCUUCUUGUAGAUGGCAUAUUGACAUCUUGCUAUGCAAAUACUGAAUGGCAUGAGAUGGCACAUAGGUCAUUUGCUCCUAUAAGACUACUGUACACCCUGUUCUCCAUUAUUCCAGAAUUUAUAGGGAAUGAUGGGAUUCAUUGGUACUGCCACUUCCUGAUUGUUCUGGCCAAAAGAGUCCUUGGGUGGGAAAUGCCUUGA